UUCAUUCAAGAGAAAUGACCUCACUGAUUGGGGGGAAAAGCAAGAGGAGCGAUAAGUGUGUGCAUAAUGACAUCAAAGCUACAUUUAUAAAUAAAAAAGGGCAGCGUUUCCUCUUUUUUGGCUAUCUCUACGUUAUCUACAGAGUUUAUUAUAUUUCUUUUUUUUUUUUGGAAUAAACAAUGCAUGGCAUUUUGAGCAGACUUGUUGGCGCAUUCACGCCCUCCACAACUCCCGCGGAUGCACCCACAAGAAGAAACGCAACCAUAACCGUAGACCAACUCGUGGAAGAAUGGCACGACAUUCUCUCCGCGCGCUCAAAAGUGUCCUACGAAAAUAUAUCCCAUCGAGAACUCUUUUACCGUCUUAUGAAUAUUGAACUGUACCCAGAUGCUCUCUAUGCAGCUCGCGACUUUCUUCAGUCAAGACUUGAACAAGCCCUCGACGCAGCUGAAAAAGAUGCACGAAACGAGGAUCCAUCCUCUUCCUUGGCCGCCGCACUGAAGGAUGGAUAUUGUCCCAAUACCUUGGAAAAGUACAUGUUGAAAUCGCACCAAACGACCAUGGACGCGUUUCAUGCGUACCGAAGAGAAUGGGAUGAGAGGAUGGGUGAAGGGGAGGGCAUUGAGACUGCCAAUAGAAUGUUUCCCGACAGAGAGUUUGCUCGGUGGUGGCUAAUUCAGAAUGCUCCAACAAAGCUAGUCGAUGGAAGUUGGCUGCAAAAUGUUCUCAGUCCAGAAACACCAUCUGAUCUACGCCGCUUCGCGCUGCCCUUGUAUCAAACGUUUGCAGAAGAACUCGGGGAAGGACUUGCCGUACAGAAUCACGUAAAUGUUUACAAUGUCUGUCUCUCCAGUGAAGGCAUUCAUCUUCCCGAUGCAAGCACACGAGCAUUCGCCUAUCACCCAGACAUCCUUGACUCUGCAUAUGAGCGAGGCGUGGUUCAAAUGGCUCUCGGUCAGUUUGCAGGCAAUGCCAUGUUUCCUGAAGUGAUGGGAUACAAUUUUGGAUAUGAGCAGCUUCCGUUACACCUCCUAGUAACCACCCACGAAUUCCGACAAAUGGGUAUUGACUACAAUUACUUUCAGCUGCAUGUAACCAUUGAUAAUGCGGCAACUGGACAUGCCCAUAUGGCGACAAAGGCUGUCAUUGAUUAUCUAGAUUAUAUCAAAUGCACGCAGGGUGAAGAAGCCAUGCACAAUCAUUGGCGACGAAUUCUUGCAGGAUACUACCUAAGUGAAUCCAACCCUCUUAAAACGUCACUCGACACCCGUCGGGAUGAACACCGUAAAAAGUACCAGCAACCCCAACCGCAAGAUCAAACGUUCGAGACAUAUACGCAAGCCAUGCGCGCCAUCCUUGAACAGAAAUCGCCCUUUGCACAUAAGAUUCACUCCCCAGAAAUCUGUCUUGGUGCCCUUCCACUAAGCACUUGGCUUGACCCCAAACACAUUUCCACCCGUUCGGCAGCGCUCGUCGAGGAGCUAGCCCGAUCGCGGUGGGUGACACCAGGCAACCCUUCUGAAAGUGCUCUAUUGAAAGACUUGUGCAGCUUUGGUGGAGGCAUGUUUGGGGUUUUUACCAAGGAAGAAAGGAAGAUUAUCGAAGCUUGGAUCAGAGGGCUCGCGGAACAGAGAGCUCAGGACGAUGGAACCAAAACAUGUCCGAUAUCAAACGCAACUAGCGUUACCUCGAAUGCUACCUGCCCUUUUACAUCAAAACAAUUCACACAAGCUCAAAAUCCCCCUCCGACCGACAAGGAAAUCGACGAGUCACUGAAAGCUAUGUUGACCCUCAUCAAGACCAAAGCACCUCUUGCGCGCAAAAGGCACGGUUCCAUAUCACUCACCGACAGCAGCGGGCAAACCCGUCGGAUUGACGACUGGUUCGACCAUCCAGAAGGGCUCCUAGACGCCUUAAAGUCCAGCGGGUUUGUCUCGGGUGAAAUCAGUCGAUUAGAAAUGUCCAUCAAGAAGGGAAGUGGGCGAAUGGGUAGUUAUUUUACGGACAGCGAGAGAAAAGUUGUCGAGAGAUGGGUUAGGGCCGGGGCUCCCCUACCCCGCUAUUCUUCUUCUACACUCUCACAAGAGGAAGGUGAAAGUAGACCGCAGCCAACAUCAGCGCAAAUCGCACCGGCCGCCGAAGUUCCAUCCACAGAUCCGACGGCUAUCACUCUCGCCACAACCGUCAUCGCCCAUCACACUCAACCCACAUUCAACGUACCACCCAAACCAACACCGUUCCAUCUUCCUCUCCCUCCUAAAAACCUCCUCCCUCCAGAGAUUCUCUACAAACUCUUGAAAACCACCACCCCUCUCUCACACCAUCUGUCCUACAUGCUCCUCCAAACACCACCAACUCUUACCUCAACACCCAAAACACCCAUGACAACCCUCCCCCUCCUCCUCCUCCUUCCAACGGCCCCGCUUUCAAAACUCUUUUCACCCAAAUCGCAUCCCAAACCCCUCCAAACUGCCCUUUUGAAUCUACAUACCAAUCUCCAACCCCUCGCUAGCAUUAUCGAAACGACUCUCAAACUGCUGAAUGUGUAUGAGCCCUAUGACCUCGAUACGGGGUAUACUCUCCUUGCAAAUUACGUGCUCGCAGUGGGGAAUGUCGGAAAUGCGCGGAUGGACGACGUUAUUUCUUGUACUAGAUUUAUGGUGGAAGAUGUUUUACCGGUUUUUGUAGGAUUUGUACCCAAUGUAGGAACUUUGAAGCAAAUGCAGUGUGGAAAUAUUGUUGGGGAGAUUAAUGAGUCGUGGAGGGAAGUGAAGAGAGUCUGGGGAAAGGAAAUCGCCAGAGGCGUGCUUGGAGAGGUUUGGAAGUCGAGUGGAGGUGCCUAUCAGCACAAAAACUAAGUUACGGCAGCUGCACUAUCUUGCUGCAUCAAAUGGAAAACAUGGAUAUAUCAAUGUAAUAUAUGUAAUAUCUUGGCUCAUUGCCAGCAGAGUAGUAGCCUAUACCCCGCAGUGCCCAAGAUAGCAGACCUACUCUAAUGAUCCUACAACUCUAUAUACAACCCUAUGCUGGCAUCCCCAC